CCUUAUUCACCAUGUGUCCACCACUUGCAGCCAUUUCUGAUCAAUCAACUGGUUCCAACAAAUAUCCAGAAUGCCUACCGUCGGAUACUCUCUCCCGGGGCGCCUACAACCUCGCGCUAUCGUGUCUACCCCCCGCCAUUCUCAACCACAGUGUCCGUGUCUUUCGAAUUGCAGAAUGGUUUGCUAAAGCAUCUCAGUCACAUUGGGCUCACGAAAAACGGAGUUUUCUCUUCGUAGCCUGCAUUUUCCAUGACAUCGGCUGCGCCACCCAAUUCGAUGGUCCUCAGCGGUUCGAAGUCGAAGGCGCUGAUGCAGCCGCAGACUAUCUUCGCGAACACAAAGUCGCCGAGUUAGAUGUACACGAGAUCUGGCAGGCAAUUGCCCUGCAUACUAGCCCAGGUAUUGCGGAGCGUAUUAGUGUUCUUGCCCGUCUUGUCCGUCAGGCAGUUCUUAUCGACUUUGGUACUCAGUUGGAUCAGGAAAGCCAGGAUUUUCGAAAUGCUGCUGAAGAGUUAUUUCCACGACUUGGUAUUGAAAAGAUUCUAGGGGAUGUUGUCGUUGACCAGGCACUGAAGCAGCCUCAGAAAGCACCACCAGCUUCAUGGCCUGGUGUCUUGUUACGGGCAAAAAGGGACUGGCCCGAAUGGGAAGGUGUCAAUAAAGGGUUUUGACUGUCUCGCUCUCUUUCACUCCCGACAGUUCUUCGGCAUACCAUGACAUUGCAAGGAACUGUGGGAACACAUAGAAAAUAUCAUAGAAUAUACGAUUGUAGUUUUUCAAUGAAUAAGAACGCUUUUGCU